AUGAAUAUUACUAAAGUUUAUUUUACAAUAAAAAAUUAUGAUCGAGCAUUAGAAUAUUAUAAAAAAUCAUUAACAAUUAAUGAAAAAGUACUUCCACGAGGACAUGAACAAAUAAGACGAUCCUAUUGGUUGAUAGGUAAUAUUCAUGGAAUACAAAAUAUGUAUAAUUUAGCUAUAGAAUAUUAUAAAAAAGCAUUAAUAAUAGAAAACGAAAUAAUGUCAAAUGAAAAAAUUCGAAUUGCAGAAUUAUACCGUUUAAUUGGAUUGUGGUAUGAUAAGAAAGACAAUUACGAUCUCUCAAUACAACAUUAUAUUUUAGCUCUAGAAUUAUAUGAAACAUAUUUACCAUCAGAUAUUUCAAUGAUUUCAAGUAUACAUUCUAAUAUUGGAUCUUUAUAUGGGAAAAAAGGUGAAUAUGAUUUAGCUUUAGAAUAUUAUACAAAAGACUUGAUAAUACAAUCGAAUGAAAAUGUUGAAAAAUAUAUGAAAAAUUAA